UUACAACACGCUGGUGCGCAAUAUUGCAACACAUCAGAGAGCCAGCUCUAAUCUAAAUUAGACCCCUCUGUUUACUGUAUUCUGAGAACGUUCUCCAAGAUUCGUUAAACCUCCACAAUGAGGAAAUAUCGGAAGAUGUUCAGGCAGUGCUUGGAUAAGAACCGUGCUUGGGCGUACCAGGAAAUUAUAGUGGAAGCCCUCGUUAUUCUCUGGUUUAGCUGCCACAUCUCCGUUAAACUCGGGACGCGAAUUUAUCCAGAAUGGAAAGCAACGCGCCUCGAUCCCAGCCGGUUGACUACUUCGGACAAUGUCCUUUUAAGCGUUCUGAACGGACAAAACGGCUGCUUCUGGGACAGCAUGGUUGCCAGCUGGAAACCGACUCCUCCAGUAAUCGCAACGGGUAACGAAAACGUGGCCGUAACAAACAAUACAGGGCGUGCCGUUGUCGGCUACGUGGCCACCUUCGCUGCAGUCUGCACAACGGCCAUCGUGAGCGUAUCCGUCGGUUUGUCUCUUUUCGUUAACCGUCGCUGGAAUUUCCCACAAUUCAAACAGCAUCUCCCCUACUGCCAACGCAUCACGGCGUUCUUCCGCUACGAUAAGAACCGGCAGUAUUACUGGGCGGAUUAUAAAGACCCCAACGCUUCACGGAUCAUUUUCGUGCUGCUGCACUUGGUCUUGGCGGUCGUCAAUACGUUAUGCUUUGUCUGGGUGUGGUGCAUCGUCUGCGCUCUGCCUGUUGUUACGGCGGCGUCGAUAUUGGUCGCAGUAGUUAUCAGAUUCGCCGGUGAGGAUGCCGUGUUUCCCUGCAGUGUACUGUUUAUUUGUCUGCUGGGUGUACACUGCACUGGCCGCAUCUGGGGAGUGUGGAUGACGGAGUGUUAUUCGACGUGGUUACGAAAGAAAUUCGGUGCUAUUGGAUGGAGGGACGGAACCAAGCUCGCUGCACACCCGGUAGUUCUAAGCGGAUCGCCGCACCCCAUGGAGAAGGAUAUGCCUAUAAAAGAACGGCGCGCACGGCGUGGACACUUGCUACAGUACAGUAUGUUCGUGUUCCUCUUUGCUUGCGCGAUUGUUGAUGGGAAUGUGCGACGCCCCUUGUUCAUGAUGUUUCCACAAAUUGACUACCUAGUUAGUACAGUGAGCGAUGCGCUGACAAGCAGUGGGUCAAGCGGGACAGAAGGCGCACCAACAAACUGGACGUACUGGACCAGGGUCAAUCGGACGGUGGAACAGUGCAGACCCAGUCCGCAAACAGGUUUCGCGCAAAACCUAGCGAUGAUGUCGUAUUGGACGGAUCUUGCGUACGAUGAACUGCGGGACUCCACUUCUAGCAAAUCCAUCCUUCUGAUGGGGUUCGCCUCAUCGUUGUCUCCCCUGGUGCAUUGGAUAUCUAUGGUGUGGACCGGAAUACUGGUCGUGCUGAGCGAUGCACCAGUUACUUUACUGCUGACGAUGGAGGCCUUAAUCAUAGGCGUGGUUAUAGCGGUUAUUCUGGUACUCGUCGGGGUCAUCCUUGUGCUUACCGUCCUGAACUUCCUCUAUACUGUCGUGUCUGCCGUUAUCAAGUCAAUUUUUCACCAAAGAAGAAGUCGGAUGGAGAGCGUAACCCAUAUCCAUUACUAUGACGCUGUGGAAAGUGGUGAGAUGGGCCCGGAAAAUCGAGAUGGUUCCAUGGACGACGGUGGUGUUGGUACUUGCUACUGCAAACACACUAAUCAAGAUUUCAUCGAAAAGACUCCUUUUAAACCGUCGGAAAAUGACAAGUACGUAGGUUGUUCCCUGGGCGAGGUCGACUCUGACGAGUCCCAGGCAUGCUGCGCCCAACAACAGGCAGCGCUGCUGGCCUCAGACAAAAAGAGAGACUAUGCACAGAAAAGUGCACAAAUAAUCCGAAAACCCUUCUGCAUGUGCUCGUUAUGGGCCAACCUACAAUGCGCCACUAUCAUACUCCUGCGUCAGAACAUUGCCGGUGUGAUUCUGCCCUUUCCCGUUGUUGCGUUUUUCCUACCGGAACGCUUACAACUCCCCGGACUGCUAUUGUUCCUGACGGCAUAUUUACUGUGGAAUUAUGGUGAAAUGAUUCGCAUUUUGCUACAGCUGCGCAAAGAAAAACGCAUCGAUGAUGCCGCCGAAAAACACGAAGAAGAACAGAAACGGAAGGAAAUGGCGAAAGGAGAGAAAAUUAAGGAGAUAGCCGAAGACUGUGACAACUGCGUGGAAGAUGGUGUAGCGAAAAUCACUCCGAUAUCCUGCCUACCAUUGUCAACGACAUUUUCUGAUACAAACAUCACCCAACCGGAUCCCGUGACUCGCAUCAUCAUCAUUAACCCGCUCGAGUAGCCCGGCCGCUUCCGCUGCGAGAAUGGGCGCAACGUCGCAUCGCAUACCCUCGAUCACUGACGUAUUAUAUAUUUACUACAUUUUUAGCUUUUCCGAAUAGUUUUUGUUGUGCUGAUACAAAAUUUAUGCAUUCUCAUUACGAAGAGCUCGUAACGACCCUGCAGAUACAACGCUGUGGAAAAAUCUGCAACGGGACACCGCAUAUGUCGUUCCCGGAAGAUUCGCAUUAUCAGCAUACUGGAUCGGGCAGCACCGCUUUAAGGGAUUUGGCCCGCUCGGACUUGGAUUCGGAGUUGGAUUACUUAAACUUGGACUUGGAUUACUCAAACUUGGACUUGGAUUCGGAGUUGGAUUACUUAAACUUGGAGUCGGAUAACUCAAACUUGGACUUGGAUUCGCAGUUGGAUUAAAUCUGGAUUACUUAACUUGGAUUAUUUAAUUUAAA